CAAAAGAGGCCCAGACGGGAGACUGCGAAUGUUUCAGGAAUUUCGACGACGGAGGGCCGCCGGGCCGGCAGGUGGGCGUUGCUGGGCAACCGGGCUAAGGGCUAAACCAGCUGCCCUUUGAUCCUGGCAACAAGUCCUUGCAGUAUAGUAACAGGGUUGGAGCUACUGAAAAUGGAGGUGAGACAAGCCACAAGCGGCAGAGGACGAUUCCUCCAGACACUCUUCAGAAUCUGAAUCUUGAAUCUCCUCCAAUGGAUUUGGGCAUGUCUGACCCAGCGGCCUGGGCCACUGCAAUGAAUAAUCUCGGGAUGGCCCCAGUGGGAAUAACAGGAGAUCCAAUUUUGCCUGACUUUGACCCCACCCUUGGGAUAAUGACGGGGAUCCCACCGAUCAAUCCUUUGAUGCCUGGCUUAGGGAUAGUGCCGCCACCAAUCCCGCCAGAUAUGCCAGUGGCUAAGGAGAUCAUUCAUUGCAAGAGCUGCACCCUCUUCCCACCUAACCCAAAUCUUCCUCCUCCUGCCACAAGGGAAAGACCUCCAGGGUGCAAGACAGUAUUUGUUGGAGGGCUGCCUGAAAAUGGGACAGAAGACACCAUUGUGGAAAUUUUUGAGCAAUGUGGUGAGAUUGUAGCCCUCCGGAAGAGUAAAAAGCACUUCUGCCACAUCCGUUUUACUGAGGAGUAUAUGGUGGAUAAAGCCAUCUAUUUGUCUGGUUAUCGCAUCAGGCUGGGCUCCAGUACUGAUAAAAAAGACACUGGGCGCCUCCACGUGGAUUUCGCUCAAGCUCGGGAUGACCUCUAUGAAUGGGAAUGCAAGCAGCGGAUGCUGGCCCGAGAGGAGCGCCAUCGCCGAAGGGUCGCAGAAGAGCGAUUCCAUCCUCCCUCGCCACCCCCUGUUGUCCACUACUCAGAUCAUGAGUGCAGCAUUAUUGCCGAGAAGCUAAAAGAUGAUUCCAAGUUUUCGGAAGCAGCACAGACAGUGCUGACCUGGAUAGAACGUGGGGAAGUGAACAGACGAAGCGCAAACAACUUCUACUCCAUGAUUCAGUCGGUCAAUAGCCACAUUCGCCGCCUCAUGAAUGAGAAAGCAGCCCACGAGAAGGAUAUGGAGGAAGCAAAGGAGAAAUUCAAACUUGCGCUUUCAGGGAUUCUUGCCCAGUUCGAGCAGAUAGUGGCCGUGUACCAUUCUGCCUCCAAACAAAAGGCUUGGGACCAUUUCACGAAAGCGCAGCGUAAGAACAUCAGCGUAUGGUGUAAGCAAGCAGAGGAAAUCCGUAACAUUCAUAAUGAUGAGCUGAUGGGCAUCCGACGAGAAGAGGAGAUGGAAAUGUCUGAUGAUGACACGGAACCAUCUGAGACCAAAGAGAUGGAAGAAUCAGCCUUAAUAUCACAAACAGAAGCUCUGAAGGAAGAAAACGAUAGCUUGCGCUGCCAGCUCGAUGCCUACAGGAACGAAGUGGAGCUCUUGAAGCAGGAGCAGGGCAAAGCGGGCCGAGAGGAAGACUCGAGAAAAGACCAGCAGCUGAAGCUCCUCCAGCAGGCUUUACAAGGAAUGCAGCAGCAUCUUAUGAAACUCCAAGAUGAAUGUGAAAGAAGAGAUGCAGAACUGGAAAAAGAGAAGGAACAGAAAGUCCAGCUAGAGAAAUUGAUGGAAAGUCUGAAAGAAAAGCAAGAACUGGUAGCUGGACAGGACUGGGUGAAAGACUCCAGUGAUCAGCAAGACCAUGUCAGCAGCUUGUCACCAGUCUGCUCAAUGAACCAGGAGAAGGAGGGCAUGCUUGAAAGAGGACUCCUCAGCAGCCCAAUCAAAUCGGAGAGGGAAGCAUUACUAGUGGGGAUCAUCUCCACCUUCCUGCACGUUCACCCAUUUGGAGCAAGCAUCGAAUACAUUUGUUCCUACCUCCAGCGGCUUGAUAGCAAGAUUUGUGCUAGCGAAGUAGAAACCCUCAUGACUCGGCUUCAGCACACCUUCAAGCAAGAGAUGAGUGGCGUUGGAGCAAGCCUGGAAAAAAGGUGGAAAUUCUGUGGCUUUGAGGGACUGAAGAUGACAACGUGAAUUUGAAACUAACAAGGCUUUGGACUCUGGCAGUCAUCCUGGGUGUCCAGGUUGAACAAGCCUGCACUUCUGCGCCAUUCAUCCAUGGUGCAGCCACUGCCUCACCUCGUAGAAGAACUGCUUUGACAAAACGGGGGCCAAUUUGCAAGGGCUGUAAUAUUCUUGUCUCCCCCCCCCCUUUCUGUAAUGCACUGAGCCCUUUGGCAGUGAGUAUCCUGACAUGUUCUUGAGUCAGUUCCAGCACUGCUGUUUGAAACUUUGAUACUUUUUGAAAAAAAGGCUUCGCUCAAAACA